AUGCCUAGAAAAUGUUCUUCCUUUCUCCCCAUUUAUGCUGCUUUUAUCUGUUUUUCUUUAUUUUUCAAAUACCUCAUUGGUCCACUUGCAAUUUAUUCUGGCUUUAAAUUGUUAUUUAAUGUGUCCAUUUGGAGGACACUAACAUUUCAUUUUAUCAUGUUUCCCAUCUACUGCAUCUCUUCCUUAUUAAAAUCUCUUGGUCUUUGUAAAUUAGUAAAAAUUACCACACAUUUUCAAAGUUUACUGUCAGGUAUUUUUGUUUGGUUUUUGCCAUUGAAAAUUGGAUCUUUUGUCCACUAUAUUUUCUCACAGGUAACAGCUGGAGGAAAGCCAGUGAUGUAA